AUGAAAGAUGAUGAGUUUAAGGAGGGAAUGUGCAUACCAAAAGAGAAGAAGUCUGAGCACCUUGGCCAGUUUCGGGUCAUAUCCUUGCUCAGUGUGAAGAGUAAAAUCGUUUUCAGCAUUGUGGCCAAUAGGCUCUCCAACUUCCUGUUGAGCAACAAGUAUAUUGACACAUCUGAGCAAAAGGGAGGUAUACCAGGAGUUCCUGGUUGUCUGGAACAAACAUGCGUGGUAACCCAGCUCAUCAGGGAAGCAAGAGAAGGCAGAGGGGAUCUGUCUGUACUGUGGCUGGACCUCAAUGCCCCACAGGUCACACUGGAGAAACAUCAUGUACUGAAGGUGAGGGAUCUCAUCCUGGAUUAUUACAGCAAGUUUAGCUGGAGAGUAUCCACAAGCCAACUAACAUCUGAUUGGCACCAGCUGGAGGUGAGGCUUGGGAAGGUCUUUAACUGCAGACUAAAUGACAGAUAAUCCACCAAGGCAACCCGUACUGACAUGGAGGGAUGGCUGAUAACAGCUGAUAAGUCUGGGCUCCCCGAAUUCAAGGCCUGGGACUACCAGCAUGGAAUCCUCCAAAGAAUCCUCUGGCCUCUGCUUAUCUAUAAAGUCCCUAUGAAUGUGAAAGAAGGUUUAAAGAAAAAGAUGAGCAGCUAUCUAUGCAGAUGGCUGGGUCUACCUCUUAACCUAAGUAACAUCCGUCAUUGCACAGGCAUGGGAACACCUGCAGUGCUCUAGAUCCAGAGAUGCCAAAGUGUCCAGGCACCCGAGGCAGUCCAGCAAGCAAAGACUCAACUGAAGCACAAGGCCAUCCUUGGAACAGUGGCACAAGGCAAAGAAGGACUUGGGGGCCUAACAGCGGCCUGAUAUUAUUUGGUUAGCUGAAAGGAGAGGUAGAGGCUGGUACAGGAGGAGGUGUGAGCUUUAGUUAAGGAAGCAAGAACCAGCAGAGCAGUGGCCAUGCGGCAGCAGGGUGCCUGGAUGAAGUGGAAGCAGGCAGUGGAGUGUCACCUGGAAUCUGGAAGUGGAACCCUCUUUGAUGUCCUCCCAAGUCCAUCCAACCUGUUCACAUUGGGCAAAAUAGAAACACCUGCAUACCUUCUGUGCUCCAAAAUAGGGACAUUAGAACACAUCAUAAGCAGAUACUCCAAGGCAUUGGGUGAGGGCCGGUAUCGAUGGAGGCACGACCAGGUCCUGAAAUCUAUUUCUGAGACAAUUAGUACAGCCAUUCACUUCAUAAAGGGAGGACAAAAGUCAGAGAAAGCAUUGAAGAACUGCUCUGUAGGAUUGCUCUCCAUGGCACGGGACUGGGCAGUGACUUUCGCUGAAAGGCAGCUGAAAAUCUUAAUACACAUCACCCAGUCCAAAUUGAGACCUGAUAUUAUCUUGGUCUUUGAGCCUACCAAACAACUGAUCUUGUUAGAGCUAAUAGGGCCUUGGGAGGAGAGGAUGGAGAAGGCUCAAGAGAGAAAUAGGAAGAAAUACCAACAGCUGGUGGAGGAUUGUCAAACCCCAUUCACACAGACCUUUGGUCCCAGAAAAUACCCGUAA